CACCGCAGUAAAGUGGUGCGAUGCUGGCAGGGGUGCCCCCGAAACCGACACGUUGUGACAGAUGUUGAGGUGGUUAGGACCACGGAAGGCCCCGGAGCCGCCCGACGCCGGUGGUGGCGUAGCUGCAGUAGCCCAAAACGGGGAGGACGUGACGGACGACCCCUUGGCCGCCAUCGACACUGGCCAGCGUCAUCGGGGCCACAGGCAGAUCUACUCCGUUAGCAGGGUAAAUCCACUCUUCGUCGACGGCGCCGACAACUCCGCUCAAAACAAUAAGAAGUUAGAGCUAGCAUCCCGCCAAAGUUCGCCUGGAGAGAAGUUUAGUUCAUCUGGGUACGAGGGUAGCAACGACAGUUUGGACCCCAUUUACCAGGAACAGGAGAAGCUUAGGAAUGAUUCGAAUGGAAUCGUCGAACAAAAUCCGACCUAUGUCAAAUCGAUUAAAGUUUCGGGUCGUACCACUAAAAUCAACAAACCUGUGCCAUCUCAUUCCAGCUCUUCAGGUGCUGGAACUCUGACUACCAUACCAGAAGGUAAAGUAGAUUUGCCGGUCCCGAAACCCAUCUGGCCUCUUGACGAUAAGAAGUUGUUGGAUCAGUACGAUUCUUUAGUUGACGAUGCUUUGUUACUCUACACGAGUUUGAAUCAUAAUCCCAAUAAAGGAAAAACAUUAGAAAAUUGCAUCGAUUUGUCUGUGAAAGAGCUUCUGGUAGAAUUGUUGACUAGCAUCGACGCUACUCUGGAAGGUAAAAAUGGCACACCGCCGGAAGACAUGCUGAAGAUUAUCAACGAAAAGAUUAGGAUAAAAUUAGACACGCUUAAAAUCUCGACGGAAGAGGAGAUGAAGAAGUUAUGUGUCAACCUGAGUAACUGUAAGAAGAUGAACUCGGUGUUAAGGGCAUUUAGUAAUUCUUCGACCAGUGGGAACUCAAGCCAAAGUUUUCCUGAGUGGAGCAACAACAGAGUAAGGACAUUAUCUUCGGAAACCGAAGACAUUUACCAGACCCCUUCGGGUUCGUCGAGUAGUGGUUUUAGUGAUUCUUUGAAAGAACGAACUAACGUUUUACCGGUAUUUGUUCACGAGGAAUUCUCUAGUGUUCCCAACGGUGUUAGAAAUGCGAUGAUUUAUGGGACCUUGUGCAGGGCUAAAGCCUCCAAUUCAAACGAUUUGUUGCUGAGUAAGUCUAAGAAAACCAUCACCUUGCCCAAGAAGAGUUUACUGAAGGCUGUGAAUGACAGUAAGCCGAGUGUUUGGGAGCAAUACUAUGGGGUUAGAGCUGCCGAAGGAUCAGAUGUCAAGUAUGUGACCAAACCUUCGGACGUUCCUCUUUUUCCUGGUGGGAGGCCUGAAGCUGAUUUCACACUGGACGUCCCACGUUCAGAGUUGUUGUCGAAGAGGAUGAAGGAAGACAAGAAGUGGAGGUGCAGGUGCAGACUGCUGACUUCCUUUCUGGGUCUCAUCUUCUUCCUCCUUUCUGUAAUGGCUGUUAGUUUGAUGCUUACCAGGGGAAAAAGGAUGUUUGGUUCCAUGGUCUAACAUAGCACAUGAAAACGCUUUAGUAUCUACAGUAGCCUACACAUUAUUUCUUUCAAUUAUUUCGAUGAUGUCAUGUUUCUAGUUUGUGCUUUUCUCAAAAUUUGUUAUUAGUUUUGUUGAUGUUAAUAGCAUAAAGAAAUCCAAAAACAAAUGUUUGUGUAAUAAUAGAGCUAACUGCUGUGAAUGUAAUGGAAAUGCAGGCAGAAAGUAACCCAUAGUAAAGGUACCACUACUUUGCCAUUGCGCAUCCUACGCUAAGGGUUUCAGUGAAUUUGGUUUACUUGUGCCUACAUAACCAAUUAUUUUGUUGAAUGUAUGUCAUCACUUUAAGAAUCUGGAGAUACGAAAAUCCAUGUAAAUCGUUUCUUUGAUACAAGUGGCGAGAAAUUUAAAUAAUGUAACAAAUUACAUGGCAUCAUAACAUGACAACCUAAACUGGGUUUAGAUUAUUUGUUAGGUAAAAAAUAUUUUAUAAAAAUUUUUGACUGAUCCUUUUGGUUCAGGGAUUAGUUUAAUCAAUUAUUACAAAAUACUUAAUAAAUAAAGGAAAAGCAAUAACUUCAGACAAUAUAAAGUUUGUUGAAUGUUGAAAAUAUUGUCUAUAAAAUAAAAAAGAAGAAAAAUCCAAUUAAAACAGUUCCCCAUAAAUCAACCCAAACAACCCAAAUUAGGUUCCUGGUAAAAGAAAACAAUUUUUGGGCUUCUUUUUGUUAACACGAUUUUUAAUUCCCAAUUUAUACCCAAUUUAUUGUACCAUUUAAGGUCCCCCCUCUGCAUCAUGAAGACAGUUUUAUAUAGAUUCUCGUAUCUCCUUAUGGUAUGGAGGUAAUGACAUUUCGAUGCUCCGUUUAUGUUUUGUCGUUUUCUAAUUGCUACACAUGAGAAGACAAAUUAUCUAGAACACCUAGACGUUAAUACUGAACUUGCUUAUAGUAAAUGAACCUUUAAAAGUAUCACCCUGUAUAUAUAACAUUCAUUGAAUUUCAGUGAUUAAGAUCUUCCCAUCAAUUAGAAAAUAUUAUAUAUUUUUCCCAGUAUAAUAAUAAAAAUUUCAUUUUUGUAUGAAUGUGUUAACAAUACUUCAACUCGAACCAUAUUUUUAAUUAUCUAGAUUUUACGUUUAAAUGACUACAUCUUCGUCUGUUAUAAUUGUAGUUAAUAAUUCACUUUUUUACUUGUAAUUUGUAAAUAUUCGACUUAAGAAAUAUUGUGUAGGUUUAUGAGCUUGUAUUUAAGAAAUAAUGUAAUACCGAGAAAGUAUAGGCAACCAGUAGUCUCUAUAACUAAAUCGAUUACAACUGACCAAUUUCAUGGAAUUACGACCUGCUUCUUUUUUUUUCUAAUUGUAAGUUACAAGUAAAAUAUUUGUUAAUCCUAUUUUUAAAAGAAGAUAUGAUGAAUAUUUUUAUUUCACUAAGAAGUGAAAUCAGAAUCUGUUUAGUUAAUUUUUUAAAUAUAUCUAUAAACAUUAACUCUUAUCGGUACCUAUCUUUUCUAAUAAAAUUUGAUUGUAUGUCAAACUAAGUAAACUAAUUUUUUGUUGAACUUCAGUAUGUUAUUAACAAAGUUGUACAAAGUUUCUCUCGUAAUAAAUAUUGAAAAUAAUUUAUUGAAAACACAGGUUACAAUUUUGUAGACAGAAAUUAGGUCCUAAAUAUUUAUGCAUGUUGCCUAUCUUUUUUUCUAUGUAAAUUAUUGUAAAAAUAAAAAUAAUUGCUAUCACUGCCAUAAAUAUUGCUCAUAACUUAAUGUUAGAGGUGCCAAAUAGUUACCACUUUUGUUACAGUAUUGGUUCUUGUAGAACCUUUUAUAGUUUUGUGAUAAAAAAAUGAUAAGUGUCAUUUUAGUAAUAGUUUUGUGAUUUCCUAUAUUUAUAAUAUUUAUAAUUA